ACCAUGCUACGUGAGGUUCAGAGUGCAGCAUCCUUCAUUGCUUCUUUAGCCAAAGAUCUUUCGCCUAAAGAGAGGGAAACAUUCAACAACAGCCUAUGUAUGUCGAUGAGCUUGCAUUAUAAAGACCAUUGGUUUCCCGAUAAACCAAACAAAGGUAACGCCUAUCGAUGCAUAGAAAUUUCGCCCAAGUUGCCUGACCCAGUCAUUGAAUCAGCCUUAAGAUUAAGCAACUUUUCGACAUCAUCGUCUAUGUUGUUUAAAUGUCAUGUCUUGAUUUGGGUAGAUCCAAAAGAAGUUUCUUACAAAUUUGGUGAUGAAGGCAGCGUUGGUGUUCAUUAUAGAGAGUCC